GACAGCGGAUUACAACCUCCAGCGGCCGCGCGCACAUCUGCCUAGAUGUUUACGUAAUAUAUACGGUCUCUCUGUGAGCUUCGGGUCAAAGAGACGCCUUCCGUUUUGAUUUACGGAGCAUCUGCUUUUUUGUAGCAAUACAGCUAUGUAAAUAAGCGCAAGGUUUCCGCGCCGUCCCUUUAACCUGAAAACGAUCGGACUCUGUCACCUCAGUGCGCAGUAAGAUCGUUUUUCAUCGCUAGCGACUGCGUGGACGCCACUGGUCACUCCACUUGGCAUGUAAACGCGUCUUGCGCGUAUAGCGCGUCUCUGCGCACUCGACCUUUUUACGAUGUAUGGCGAGGAUGCGCUGGCGUUAACGGCACCGUUAUGGUCGCCUGGUCCCCUGAAGAUGCACUGGAUGUAGAAGUAUAGCCAUGAUUGCAUGUGUGAGAGAGGGUGCAUGAGUGUGUGAUAGAACAGAAUGGGGAAAGAACAGGAACUCUUGCAGGCGGUGAAGACGGAGGAUCUGAUUACUGUCCAGCGGCUCCUCCAGAGACCCAAACAGGGCAAAGCGAAGCUCUUGGGUGCUGCUAAAAAAGUGAAUGUGAAUUUUCAGGACACAGACGGGUUAUCUGCCCUGCAUCAUGCUGCUCUUAAUGGUAAUGUGGAGCUGAUUUCACUGUUACUCGAGUCGCAAGCUGUCGUUGACAUCAAAGACCAGAAAGGGAUGCGGCCCUUACAUUAUGCUGCUUGGCAGGGCAAGUGUGAGCCCAUGAAAAUGCUGCUCAAGGCGGGGUCAUCAGUCAACAGCCAAUCAGAUGAGGGACAGAUCCCUUUACAUCUCUCAUCACAACAUGGCCAUUAUGAAGGAAGCGAGAUGCUGCUCCAACAUCAGUCAAACCCCUGCCUCAGAGACCACGCUGGGAAAACCCCUCUAGACUUGGCCUGCGAAUUUGGACGAGUCACGGUGGUGCAGUUGCUCCUGAACAGUAACAUGUGUGCUGCUAUGUUAGAACCGAAGCCCUCCGAUCCCAAUGGCAUCAGCCCACUCCAUUUGGCUGCCAAGAAUGGACAUAUCGAGACCAUCAAGUAGGUGCUCACUGGACUUUAUUUUUCUGCACUUUAUUUCAACAUAUGCACUGAAGCUUUAACACUAACCAUUGAUAGUGGUAUCAGUGCCGGGGUGAGGAACACAUUUUGUCAGACAGCGCUGGAUAUUGUUAACCAGUUCACCACUACCCAAGCCAGCAAGGAAAUCAAACAGAUGCUGAGAGAUGCAUCAGCUGCCAUGCAAGUGAGGGCUCUGAAGGAUUACUGCAACAACUAUGACCUGACAAGCCUCAAUAUUAAAGCAGGCGACAUCAUCACGGUCUUGGAGCAGCAUUCUGAUGGACGAUGGAAGGGCUGUAUCCACGACAACCGUACAGGAAAUGACUGCGUGGGUUAUUUUCCGUCCAACAUGGUGGAAGUCAUCAAAAGGGCAGGUCCCUCGACCCAACAGUAUCUUAAGAUACAGAUCUGUCCGCCAGCAAUUGGUUCAGUUGUCAUGGUGAACGGUGACUCCUUCCACAUUUUUUCUCUGCCCCUCACUCCCCCACCCCCUCCUACCCAGCCCCUUACCCAUCAGCCCCUCUUCACCUCAUUUGGCUAUAAUAUGCCUACCUGCAGCACAUUUGGGUAUGAACCAGCUUCCUCCUGCUCAGAGGAGCCACAAAAAGAGACAGGCUCAAGGGGAUCUGUUUCCAGCCCUCAUGGUUCUCCAACCCUCAGUGGCCAACAGAGUGGCACUAAUGAGGAGAUUUGGGUACUGAGAAAACCUUUAGCUGUGGGCAGUGUAGGCAGUAUGGGCAGUAUGGGCAGCACAGGCAGUCUCACCAGUGGACGUUCAUCUACUAGCGGACAAAGCAGUAAUGCCAAUGCUCACCUCACCAACUCACCUGUGCCAGUGCCAACCACCCCCACACUCUCACCCGGAGUGAACACGCAUGGCCUCAAUGUCCCAGGACUGCAUGCUCAGGCCGAGGGUGUGAAGCUGUUGGCCACGGUGCUGUCCCAGUCAGCCAAAGCAAAAGAACAUCUUAUGGACCAAUCUCAGUCUUUAGAUCCUAAUUCAGCACCUUCUCAGCGCAGACAGAGCGCAUCUGCUGUCCCACGACAUCAAAAGAAGAAACCCUUUGUGGAUCCAUUGCUCCAGAGGAAAGAUGAAGCUUCAACUGAGAACAAGAACUCGGAGGCUGUUGUUGAAUGGCUCACUAGUGCACAGCUGCAGUUCUACACAACAAACUUUCUCACUGCUGGUUAUGACCUGCAGACCAUAAGUAGAAUGACACCAGAGGACCUCACUGCUAUUGGGGUGACAAAGCCAGGGCACAGGAAGAAAAUGCUUUCAGAGAUCAGCAAAAUAAACAUCCCAGAUUGGAUACCUCAAGAGAAAUCUUCAAAUCUGGCUGAAUGGCUGUCUGCAAUUGGUCUCAGUCAAUACUACCAGACUCUGGUUCAGAACGGCUACGACAAUAUGGACUUCAUUAGUGAUAUUACCCUGGAGGACCUAAAGGAGAUCGGCAUCACUAAACUAGGACACCAAAAGAAGUUGAUGUUAGCCGUCAAACAACUGAGUGAAUCUCCAGAAGCAUACAUUCCCACCAAGGAGAGCCAUUUAGAAGAAAGCACAGAUUCAAAACAAUCAUUAGAAACCAGCACAGAACCAGAUGAGAACUCUGUCCCCUCUGUUCGUAUACGUAAAAGAGCGGAGGGGCGUAGCUCUCCCCGGCACAGCACACAAGGGCGGGGCAUACAAAGAGCUAAUGCCCCCCCUCCUCUGAAGAAACCCAGUUCAAUUGAGAGUCCCACCCCAACACCUCCACAAACCCCUACCAAAGGCAGAAUUUCAUCUUCUGCUUCAAAUUCUUCUUCACACAUUCCUUCCUCCCCACUAAAAUCACAGAGCAGGGCCAGAGGGCCUUGCGACUCUCCCCGUUCACAUGCUCAUGCUCGUACUGUCCCGUUACUUUGCUUACCAUCUGAAGGAGAAACCAAAGAGGGCAAUGGUCUAACUCAGCCCCAGCCAAGACAUGGACAGUCUAUUGCUACUGAUGCUGGGCGUGACUUACCCAUGCCAGACUUCUCUGUGAAAUACGCCACACUAGGUGGACAUAGCGUUACUCCCAGCAGCUCUUCAAGAGCUGAAACCCUUGACAUCAACAGCGUCAAUCGCAGUCAGUCAUUUGCUACAGCUCGGCCGCGCAGACGGACUCGUCCUCCAACUCCUCCAAAACGUUCAUGCUCUUCCAUUUCCACUGGUAACCUGGCUGAUGAAACUGUGGCUGAUGAUGCAAAGUUUAGCGAAAAUAGGGCUAACAAUUUGUUACUCAAUGUGACAUAUAGGGAGCGCAGACGUAGCGACUGUGGCAUUGCCUCAGAAAAAACUUCAUCUGGGGGCAGUGUUAGAGACAUUGCAGCCAUGCUUGAAAUGUCCAAUCUCAGAAGCAGUGGUAAAGGAAGUGGUUAUCUGCAGGCAAGCCAUAACCUCCUGCGGCAGAACCGUGAAGUUCUGAAUUCCGACGCAGAUAGUCGCCGCCGCACAAUCAGUGAAUUUUUUUACUCUCAUAAGCAGCCUGAUGAAGAUGUACAAGAGGCAGAGAUGAGCCAAGCCAUGCAGGACCCCACACAUUUUAGACCAGCACCUUGUGAAACCCAACCAGUUAAACAGGCCCCUGAACCACGUCCACGUUCCGUGAUCACUCAUCUGGAAGGGGGAGUUUCCUCUCUGCCACAAGAGGAGUGGUCACGGAUGGAUGCCACAGCAACUUUGAGAAGACCGCGACCACCACAUCACUCAGAUGGUGAACAUUUUCAUCUGACCGAAACAAGUACUAUAAAGCGAAGGCCCAAAGCAUUGGCUCCACCACAGAUUAAUGGCACUGAUGGAGAUGUGCCAGAGAACUUUCGGAGAAGGCCUGUAUCAGAAGCUUGUGUUGGAGAUGGUGGUAGGGAGGAAGAACUGCAACAUGAUGUCUUUGGGUCUCUUCCCAGGCAAAUGAAACCCCCGGUUUCACCUAAACCAGCAAUGGUCCUUCGAAAAACUGAUCCCCCAACUCCUACAAGGAGGGUUCCCUUACCUGGACCAGAAGGUCAACAUAGCCCAGUGGAGGUUAAGAAAGUCCCUCCUCCAGUAUCUCCCAAGCCAAGUCCGCCUCCUACACUGCCAAAACCAGUGAAAAUCAAGCCAAUCCAUACCAUCGAAACUCCUGGCUCUCCUCAGACAUUUGUUCUCAGCCCAUCCAGUGCCUCCUUUAGCCCCGUUCCAACUGAGCGACUGGAGCAUCCACCACAGAUUCUGAGUCCAGCCACCCCAAAACCAAUGGAUGGGAGCAUGCUUUCCCCACGUGCAGCAACGUCUCCAGCUCAGAGCCCACAGACGCCUCAGACUCCCCAAACUCCACAAACACCUUCUACACCAGGUUCAGGCUCGGCUCCAGUGAAGCCCCCGAGGUCUUCCAUGGCUGGUCUCUCAGUCGACAUCCCAAGCCCUCUGGAAGUGGAACUGCCUGGAGUGGAUGUACAAAAGAAGCUGAGAGAAGUAGAGAAACAGAGAGAGGAAGAUGAAGUUAGUUUAAAGCAAGAAAGAGUAGAGGAAGUUGGAAUUGCUAGAAUGGAAAGGACAGGUCUGAUCCAGGUGGAUCCAACAUUUCUAGGUGAACAAGGCCUGAUUUCAGAGACAGGGGAGGGAGCAGGACCAGUGGUAAUGAGAAGGAGGAAGGUAGGUGUAGCCAGACAGACACAAGUAGAGGGUGAACCACAAGAUGGAUAUAGACGACAGACAGAGGUGGAAAGCCAAGGGUUAUUGAAGGUUGCUGAAACUGAGGGCUCUGCUUCAGGGGACAUGGUACAACUCAGACUGGAGGAGACCAGUGCAUCCCUGGCUGCUGCUCUGGAAGUAGUGGAGGAGAAGAUUAAGAAGGAUGACAGCUCCAUUGUGGACAACAAGAGUACAGUCAACAUUCUUGAUGAUAUUGGCAGCAUGUUUGAUGAUCUUGCGGACCAGUUGGAGGCCAUGCUAGAUUAAAAUAUGAGCUUGCUGAAGUUUCUCAGUGAAGACCACCGGGAUGCCAACUCAGCAGGAUUGGAAACUCAGUAGGGCAAAUUAAGCUCUUCCAUUCCAACAUGUUUAAAAGUCAAACUACAAUUGAGCAUCUCUGAGAAAAAGCCUAAGAUCUAAAUUUCGACUAACAUCAAGCCCCUUUCAUUCUCCACCAGCCUUUAGUGGCCAGAGUAGGUACUGCAAGUACAUAUUCUGGCCUGCAAAUGUGACUUGCUGUCAUGCUGCUUCCAGAGAUAAGCACAAUUUUAAGAGAGAUUAUGUGACAGGCUUUCUAAAUAUAUUUAAGCAGAGAAAUGCUAAUAUGUAUGUGUGUACUACAUGUGGGUUGAGAGUUGAAUAUCGAUUAAUAUUUCUUUUGAUGACAGUGCUAACAGUGAAGGUACAUCAUAUUCUCUUUUAUGAUGUUAGGAAGCUAUAUUGUUCUUUUCCACAUCUCUGCUAUGAGCUUGUCCACAUGUAAAGGGGAACUUUAAAUUUCACCUUGUGGUCUUCAGCUGGACAAGUUACUGAAAAACACUUGGUUUGGACUAAAUAAAUAUGAAGAGCACAGCCCCAUUUAUGACCCUGAAAAUAUUCAGACUUUUUUUUGGACUAAUUUGUCUUUGUGCCCUUGAAGUAUAAUGAAGAAAUGCUUUGGACUUAAAGAGGUAUAUUGUAAUCUUUAUGUAUGUUAUUAUUGUUGUUGCUGCUGUUGUUGUCAGUGUGUGUGAAUGUUUGAUUGUGUAGUGUAGUUCUUGCAUUGACAAAUCCCACCCUGCCCAAAGUGUAAUACAUAGUUAUAGACAGAAUACAGAAUACGAUGCUGGAAAGAAUAGUGUAUAUAUGACAUACAGGUUAUAGUUAUCAUUGAUAGUCUAGAGUAUGGAAUGCAUCAAUAUGGAAUGCUACAGACACCUGCUCAUUCCUAAUGUGCUCUAAUAAGUGUUUAUGUGUGUGUUUGUUUGUGUUUGUUUGUGUGUUAGGAUGGAAGGUCUGUUUGAGAGUGAGACGUGAAGUGUGUGUUUAUAGUUUUGGGAAAGAGACAGUAUGUUUUUCUUCUCUUACAAAAAGUGUACCAUGAUUUUGGACAUGGUGCCAUUGUAUUUUUGAAGUAUGUUGGAUGACCAUGUAAAUUCUAUAGUACAGGAUUAUGGAGAUCAUAAAGUCGCAUGGUACAGUACCAAGUACUGUUUCAUUACCAUUUGAUACCAUAGUACCACCACAGUACUUUUUUGUAAGGGCUGAGUGUGUGUUGAUCUCUUGAACAGUGCAAUUAUUCCUGUUUUGUCAUGCAAACUAAAAAAGACUUGCUAACAGGAGAAGAUGCAUAUUCUAUACAAGUGGCUAAAAUUAGAUAAUAUACAACUAUGUCAUCACAAGAUGUAUAAGAAUACAGAGCAAUAUUUUUUAUCCAUGCACCAUGUUAUUAAUUUAGCUUUAUAAGUGAUACUUAAAAACCAGCCAUCUGGGAUACAACAUCCGACAAUCAUGACAAUGUUGUCCAUGAUUAUGACCCUGCAAAGUCAAUGGAAUAGAUGUUGGAGUAUAAAAUAUUUUACAAUGUAAAGCUGUGUAAUAAUCAGUUGUUAUUUUGUGUAAACCUUCAGAUGGCUAAUGUGUUUGUCUGACCCUGGUGAAAAAAUCAUCAAAGACCUCUUCCAUGUAAAAAGCAUUGAGAAUAUGUGGAAUUAAUAUAAAUAAAUUGUUAUGAUUAUAAGC